GGAGCUCUUACGAAUGAAUCUCAAAUUCAACGUGCCCUUGCAUCGCUAGAAACGGUCGGAGCUCACAUUGAGAAUCCCUCUCUCGAAACAGCAAAGCAAAGACUACAACGCUAUCAGGGAGUUACAGCAGAAGAUCGAACUGACUAUUUGGUCUUGGAGCUGCUUUAAGUCCUCCCUCCUGUUGGACAGAGAAAUUUGUGCUGUGAUGUAUUUACGCGGGAUAACGACCAGCUCCAGAAACUCAAGAGGGAGCUCCGGGAGUUCCUUUUUCAUCCUUGUAGGACUUUCGAAUGUCCUUUCAUCGAUAUGUCCUGUUUGAUGCGUGUCUAGUGAAAGCUACCAGCGGGAAAACGCCAAAAAUAAGCCCUGUUGGUAGUGACGAUGACGGUCCAGAUCCGGCUCGGGCUGAUCUGUCUAAAUUAAGAGGAGAUGUCCUACUUCGAGAUAACAACCGCUGCAUAAUCUCCGGACAUUACGAUGUCUAUCAAAUACCCCGGAAAGAGCGAGAAGGUUUGCUGACUACAUAUACUUCAUGUUCACACAUCUUUCCGUAUUUAUCGGGGCCUAGCACGUUGAAUGGUAUAUUGACUGACGGAGAAUUGAGUAGGGUCUCUCGUUUUUGGGCAUUCGUCUACCGAUACUUCCCGAAUAUCAAAGGGGUAUUAGACAUGAACAAGCCAGGGGAGAUCAAUGCCCGGCGUAAUACAAUGACAGAUGAUAGCAUAUUGUAUACUGCUUUCGCGAGCUUUCAGUUGACGUUGGAACCCCUUGGGGGCCAUACCUACGACAUCAGAACAUUUGAUGGAUUCCCCAACCCUCUACAACAGAUGGUUGCCUAAAGACAGACAAGUCUACUUUCAAACUACAACGGACAUCAAACUCCC